AUGUACAAAUACAUCCAUACCGCUCUCGACUCAAUACGCGACUACGCCAAACCUUCGACCACGUCCAACUUCCGCGAGACUGGAAAGCUCACUCCCGACGAGUUUGUCCUGGCUGGAGACUUUCUCACAACAAAGUUCACCUCGUGGUCGUGGUCUGGAGCUGCCACUCCCGCUCAGCGUGUCUCGUAUCUGCCUGAAGACAAGCAAUACCUUGUCACUCGUGGCGUUGCCUGCAAGAGACGCCUCAACGACAACUUCGCUGGUAGGGAGGGUCUCGAUGACUUGGUCAAGGAGGGUGACGCUUUCAACCCGACCGGAGAUGAUGACGAUGGCUGGCUGAGGACCGGCGGUGACAUCCAUAAGCCCGAGUCCCGCCCUGGCGAUAUCCGCACCGUUGACGACGACGGCCACGUCGAACAAGACAGUGGUGACUACGAAGAGGAUGUUCCCGACAUUGAGGAUGAGGAGGACGAUCCCGAUGCCAUCAUCCGUGAUCCUAGAGCCCAAGAUGGGUCGAACGACACCCUCCGCAACUACACCAUCUACAUCACCUACUCAACAUACUACAUGACACCACGACUCUAUCUUUCAGGCUACUCAUCUUCGAAUGAGCCCCUCCCACCCAUGGCCAUGAUGGAAGACAUUGUCGGCGACUACAAGGACAAGACUGUUACCCUCGAGGACUUCAACUUUGUCUCUCCACCCAUCAAGACCGCCUCCAUCCAUCCAUGCCGCCAUGCCAGUGUCAUGAAGAUUUUGCUCGACCGCGCAGACGCCGCUCUGAAACUGCGUAUCCAGAAGAUGAAGAACGGCCAAGAAGUCUCCAGCCAAGGCAUGGAGGGCUUGGUCGAUCAGACCAGUGGACUCAAAUUGGACGAGCAAAACACCGAUGCCAAGAAAUCCGACGACAAGAAGAAUGAUGAGUGGGAGGUCUUGACUGAUGAUGGCAAGGACGACGAGGUCGCCAUCCGCGUCGACCAAUAUCUCAUCGUUUUCCUCAAGUUCAUGGCUAGUGUCACUCCUGGUAUUGACCACGACAACACCAUGGCCAUGUAG